AUGGACUCGAGCACACGACGAUUGUUGGAUGACGAGGUACGCAAAUGCGACACUUUUCUCGGAAAAAUUCAGGAAAAAUACUGAUAAAAUUUCAAUGAUUUUCGGUCUUUUUCCGGUUUGCUAAAAUUGAAAUUGCUGGGCGUGGCCUAGAAAACGCACUUUUUGAAAAAGCUAGUCCAAAAAAGCAGACUUGCUUUUCCGGCCGGAAAAGUAAGAAAAUUUGAACUGAUACUUGAUUUUUCUGGUUCCAAUUGGCCUAGACUCACUUUUCAAACGGUUUUUCUUGCUCACCGACGUCACCGUUUAAGGAAAAAUUCAUUAGAGCUGUUUAGCGAGAGCAAACAUUAAGUGUGCGCUUUUUCUGAAAAAUCUGAACAAAAAGGCAGGUGAAAAUAAGAAAGUAAUUUAUAAUCUCAACUUAUUCUCGUUCUCUCUCUCUCUCUCUCUUUCCGGGUUCUCUCUUCUUUUCCCUCAUGAAUUAUUCAGCCCCUUUCCUCCGUUUUCCUCGAUUUUUCACUCCUCACACACACACACACAUACAUUUUAGGCUCCAUUUUUUCUGAAUUUCUGCCCAGAAACUGUCUUUUUCGCAUUUUUAGAGUCGAAUUUCAAGAAAUAAGUGCAGCGCAUUUUGCCCAUACUCUGAAAAUAUUGACACGUCUAAAAGAGCGUUGAAGAAGAACGCAAAUGCAUAAAAAAUGCGCAUAAAUUCGAAUAUGUUCUCAUGUAACACAGUCAACAAACACACACACAAAUUUUCUGUGAAAUCGGACACGUCUUCCGUCUUUGCCUAAUUGUAGAAGACGAAGAAGAAGAAGUGGACAGCCGUAAUUAUCCGUCCACGCACGGCAAGCUUUUCAACACAUUCCUCAUUUAUUUCUUUGCUUUUCUGCUUUUGAAGCGGAAAAUUGCUUUCAGUGCAAUUUUUAUCAGCAUUUGCUGAAAAUUGCCCCAUUUUACCGGAAAAGUGCUAUUCUUUGUUGCCUAACUAUGAAAUCUUCACAUUUGACAGGAAAUUCGACGUUUAUGGCAUUUUUUCAAAGCAUUUCCCUAUAAUUUGACAUAGCCGAGCCACCCGCCAGUUUUUUCCUCGGUUGCGACCUGAAAAUUGCAGAAAAUUGAGGUUUUCAAACAUUCCACCUGUCAAAUGUUUUUUUUUUUUUGGAAACCUAUUGAAAAGUGGGAGGAAAGUAUUUAUUUGUGCGCGUGAAAGUGUAAUCAAUCAAACAGUGAUCGGCGGAAGCUUUUCGCGCGGCCGCAAAACGACUUUUUAGUGUGUGUGUGUGUGUGUGAAGAAGAAGAAAAAGAAAGCGAUCGGAUGGGCGGCGCGAAAUAAUCUUCACACUUCACUUACUUUCUCAUUAUUUCCGCCGAUUCGUAUCGCGUCUCUUUCCUUUUCAUUUCACUUUUCUUUGCGAACUUUUCAGCUAGUUUUUUAGCAGCCUAUCACGGUGUCCAGAGCUUACAAUACGAGCGUGGCUUUUUUCUCCAAUUUUUGUGCUUAAAAGCGAUGAAAGAUGUUAGUUAGACAUGAAAACACAACAGUUCUCGAAAUUUCUGACGCUUACGUGCAUUUUUCGCGGAUCUCGCCUUUUCGUCUUCGCCGCCGAAACACCGCGUUUCUCAUUCUACGCAUUAUCGACCGUUUUCACUCAAAAUUGGUUUUUAGAAUGAUAAAUCACGUAAAUGCACUCAUUUUUAGCGCUCGAACGCAGUUUUUUUGCCAAGAAACUUCAAACAGAUAAAUGUCAACAUGCGACUUGGCCAAAUUUGACGCUCUUCCGCCUAAAAAGUUUGUCUUGUCCCUAUUCAAUUGUUUUUUUGACUAAAAUCAAAAAUUUACAUGCAAAAUGUGAAUCUCGCGCCAAAAAUAUCGCUUUGUUUGGCCAUCGCAAGCUCCGGAGACCGUGAACCUGUAUGCUGACAAAAAACGUUGAAAAUACUUUUGAAAAUCAGAUAAAUUAUCUGAUUUUUGAGGUUGUUGUCGACGUUUCAACUUCGCCAAACAUUCAACCUUUUGCAACUCUGUUGUAGAAAAGUUUGUUCAUAUUUUCCGCCAAAUCCAGUUUUUACCCUCCAAAAAACACUCACAGUCUAUAAUUUAAUCCUCGCGGUCUGGUGGACAGUUGUUUUUAACAUUUAAUUUAACUUUUCCAUCAAAUUUCAUUGUAUUUUCGUUUUCGUACAUCAUUUUAGACUCGCAAGUGUGAAGAUUACGGUAGUUUUUUAAAGGCGCAGCACGAUAUUCUCGCACGCGAAUUGGAAUGCUAUCUUUAUCCGUUGAAAACGAGACGAAAACCUGAUUUUCCCAGAGCCCAGGCACACACGAAAAAAGUUAGAGGGGUGGGGGUUGUUGAAAGGAAAACACACAGAACUUCUCUCGCCAGUCCGUCAACUUGCCAUCCCUUUGCCCGUCUGCGUCUCCGUCUGCCAAUUUCAAUUUACGAAAAAAAAAGUGUCUUCCUCCCUCUACCUAUAGUUUCAAGCAAACACCUUGUUUUCUUGGUUCGACAAUAUUCGUCUCUAAUUCCCUCUCUCUCUCUUCCUCUUUUAACAAUUUUCUUAAAAUAAAGUUGUAGCAUAGCAAUUUUGAGAUGAAAAUUUAAAAAAAUUUUGAAUUUCCGCUCAUUUUUUAUAGAUUACAAUCGAUGAGGAGGCGGAGAGAACGAGAGACGGACAACAAAAACGACAAUAUCGAAUAGAAGAACCGGAGGAAGAUCGUGGGUUCACUUUUUUACUAAAAUUGCAUUAGGUUUCGAAGCCCUAGAACUUUUUGUGGUUUGUAAAGUAGAAAAUGGCAAAACGUACGUUUUCUAAAAGCUACGGUGGUUGCGGACUAGGCAUCGAACUUUACAACACUACCGUACUCUUCGUUGGUCCAACCAAAGAAGUGCAUACCUAGUUUCGCGUACAAAAAAUGUGUUUUGCCGCAAAACGAGAGAAACUUUUCAAUCGCUGAUUGUGUAUUCACACCUGCUCCCUUGUGUAAACAACACAAAUGAGUCAGUUCUGUGAGCAAUCACUUUUCGAAAACUUUUUUUCGAAACAACAACCCUUUAUUAAUUUCAAAAAAAAAAAAAAGGAAUGUCUCAAGCUUUUGUCAAGACUACGCAAACAUUGGAGGAGUGACUCAACUCAUUUCCCAUUUUGAGCGAAAACGUACUGGCGUCUAGUAGUACUAGACUUCAAAUUUGUACGCACAAAACGUUCUUCUGUCUUUUUGUGUUAGUCACUAGUCAAGACUUGAAUUUUUUUGCAUUUUUCUGGUGAGUCCGCAAACCAAUAAUGCCCGGGAAACGAAAAAAUGAUGUCUAUGCUGUUAAAACAGUUGCCAAACCCUCAAAUUUUUCAACAAAAAAAAACGCUUUGACACCCUUUGAUUGCAGAAUGCGGAAUGAGCUCUUCGGUGGCCGUGAUCGCGUCCACCUCAUUCUCCGAACCGAUCCCGUCGACUUCUUCGACCGCAUCUCCCGACUUUCCAGUCGUCAUUAAUCGGCCGCCACAAUCGGAGAGAAAACGGAAGAAAUGGCAGCUGCAUCAGGGACGGAACAGAUUUGCGUGCGGAGGGAGGAUGGUGUGCUCGCGGAGCCACGGAGCAUUCGUGGUCACGGUCGCGCUCAUGAUCGUCACACUCACUCUUUAUUUUGUCUUCGAGUAAGUACCUUUCUGAGCGGCAUUCCGACUUCCGACUUUCGAAAACGGUCUAUAGACGUUUAGAAAGUCGGGAAUUGUUAGGAAGUCAGACGUCGCCACGGUCUCCAGAGCUUACAAUAGGCGCAAGUGCGCCCCGCCCAAUAGAGCGAUACAUUGGCGCGAAAUUCAAAUUUUAACAGCAAAUUUUGUGUUUUUUGCCAGAUUAGCCACGAAAAAUCGAUAAUUUCUCAUUUGUCUCUCGAUAGACCGAUUUUAUAGGCUAUUACGAAUUUUUUAAGCGCAAGAGCGUCAAAUUUGGUCAAGUCGCAAAUCACAUUUAUCCGUUUGAAGGUUUUUGGGUAAAACUGCGUGCAUUUCAGUUAUUUUUCGGUAGUUUUCGCGGUUCGAGCGCUCAAAAUGUUUGUAUUUACGUGAUUUAUCGAUCUCAAAACCAAUUCUGUCGGAAAACGGUCAAGAAAGCGCAAAAUGAGAAGUGCGGUUUUUAGGCGGCAAAGGCGAAAAAGCAAAGUCGGCGAAAAAUGCGCCAAAACGUCACUAAUUCUGAGAAUUAGUGUGUUUUCAUGUCGAACAAUCAUCUUUCAUCGCUUUUGGCCACAAAAAUCAGAGAAAACGUGCUCAAUUCAUGAAAACGCCAUUUGGCCGCCGAGGCCGCCGAGGCCAAAUGGCGUUUUCAUGAGACCGUGCGUUGGAAACAACUGUAAAAUUUCCAGCGCGCCGUUCCUGUGGCACUACUCUCCGGCGAUUCCGAUCGUCGCCGCCGUGAUAUCGUUGUCGGUGCUCUCGAAUUUCGCGGCCACCUCGUUCACCGAUCCGGGCAUUCUGCCGCGAGUCGACAAUAUCGAACUGAUCGAAAUGGAUCGGCAAAUGCAAACCGAACACAAUAGUUGGUUUCUUUUUUUUUUCUUCAAAACAUUGAUCCAAAUCGUCGAUGAUUUGUGCAGCGCCAGCCGAUCCGGCGAUGCCCCGCCCACGCUUCCGUGACGUCGUCAUCAACGGAGAACGCGUCAAAAUGAAAUAUUGUACGACGUGCCGACUGUACCGACCGCCACGAUGCUCUCAUUGUGCCAUUUGCGACAAUUGCGUCCUUAUGUUCGAUCAUCAUUGUGAGUUUUGACAAAAAAACAAAUUUGAAACAACUGUGUAGCGUUACUGUAGCAUUUUAAAGGCGCAAAAGUUGUUCAGGUCCGUGGGUCGGCAACUGUAUCGGUCUCCGGAAUUACGCCUACUUCUACCGUUUCGUCUUCUGUCUCUCCAUCCUCAUCGUCUACCUUUUCGCGUGUUCCAUCACGCACAUCAGCUUGUGUGAGUAUCGAUUUCUUUAAGCGAAAAUCUGAAAACGUCAUUUCAGUGGCCCAAAACAUGCCGUUCGGCGACGUGAUGCGCAAGACUCCCGGCUCGGCAGUCGUCAUUAUUAUCUGCUUUUUCACCAUUUGGUAGGCGCGAAAUUUGAGCAAAAUCUUCAAACAAUUUUCUCAGGUCAGUAAUUGGUCUGUCCUGCUUUCAUACCUACUUGGCGUGCGCCGAUUUGACAACGAACGAAGAUGUAAGUCAAAAAAAAUUACGAUUGUCUUGUGCGACUGGCGACUUGUUGCAAAAACUGCAAAAAAUCGAUAUUCAGCUGAAAGGAGUGUACCGAAAAAAGCACCGAAACGCGCAUUUGGCGUCGGGCGUCGCCGCCGCUCCGAAUUCGACGUCUUCCGACACGAAUUCCUCGUAUCAUCAGGCGAAAAAUCCGUUUUAUGCGGGAUGCGCCAAGAGUUUCCUCAGCCGCCUCUUCAAAUCGCCGUUUCCCAGGUAAACUUGAUGCAAACGCGCUCUUUCGCUCUCUCCAUUCUUCUCUACAACCGCGCUUUAUCGAGAAAACACUUUUUAGCUAGAAACUCUAACGCAAUCGUUUUUUUUUGCAGUGUUCUCGACGCGAGCAGCUACGUCGACGAGCAGCCAUCGAUAGUGAUUCAGGUGCCGAAAAAAUCUCAACGAUAA